AACACUUGCAUUUCAACACGUCACAAGACCAAGUCCAGUUGAGGAAUUCAUCAAUACAUCAUCAACACAUCAGACCCCAGACUCUAGCCAGAAAUAUUCCAGCAGUUGCCAGAUCAAAUGUCUCCUAAACUUUUUGUUCUCUGCCUUAUGGCAAUGCUGGUCAAAAAUUCUAUUCCAGAGAAAAGUUACAUUUGUCAUCUACUAAAGAUUGUAGGGCCGUGUAGGGCAAGACUACCCAGAUACUACUAUGAUAUGGAAUCGGGCCGCUGCGAAAAAUUUUAUUACGGCGGCUGUGGAGGGAAUGAAAAUAAUUUCAGAAACAGGAAGGAGUGCGAGUUUUUCUGUGACCCCAUCGACCCUAUCUGCUCGCUUCCACCGGACGGAGGAAUCUGUUUAGCCAGAUUUGUGGCUUAUUAUUAUGACAAGGAAUCCAGAGAGUGCAAGAAAUUUACCUACGGCGGCUGUGGCAAAAAUGAGAAUAGGUUUUCCAGCAAACAAAAAUGCGAAGCAGCCUGCGUCAAGACAAGUUACACUUGUCAUCUACAAAAGAUUGUAGGGCCGUGUAGGGCAAAACUACCCAGAUACUACUAUAAUAUGGAAUCGGGCCGCUGCGAAAAAUUUCAUUACGGCGGCUGUGGAGGGAAUGGAAAUAAUUUCAGAAACAGGAAACAGUGCGAGUUUGUCUGCGAAUCCAUCGACCCUAUCUGCUCGCUUCCACCGGACGAAGGAGAAUGUGAAGCCAGUUUUGAGGCUUAUUAUUAUGACGAGGAAUCCAGAAAGUGCAAGCAAUUUAUCUACGGCGGCUGUGACGGAAAUGAGAAUAGGUUUGACAGCAAACAAGAAUGCGAAGAAUUCUGCGUCAGGACAAACAAAUUUGAUUGAGCUUGAUUUGGAAAAUCACACAACUGAAACUAAUGUACUAAUAAAUUAAUCAAAGAAACAA